UUGGCUUUAAGGUUAUUAGCUCGAGCUCGCUGUAGAGAGGGAAUAUUUUAACCUUUUUUAAACUUUGUUCUUGAAUUUCAUGAUAAAGAUAAAAGUGAUAAGAGCAAAUUAAUAUCAUUUGCAACUCCCGCAGUGGUUCCCGUUGAGAAAAUAGGCCGGGAAAGUGGAAAACUGUGGAAGACUGCAACCAGAUCGAGGAAAGACGAGGCUGAACCGAUAAAAAAGGAUUCUACCUUUUCCCUUUCCUUUUCCUGAGAAGGAUCUUUUUACGAACUACGGAAAGCAAUCAACCCUCAAGAUCACAGAAAUCUGCGGCCGAGAUCCGGGAGUCUCGGAAGGAAACCAUCCGAAACCGCUCCUCAGUCAUCAUCACGACAAGAUCGCCUGCAAUCAAGAUUGUGGAUAACAUUAAUAGCUACCAAAGGAAACGAACAGAUUGCACCUAGUUGAUCUAACCCACAUCUGGAACAUUCGUGCAGAGAAAUAAUAGAGCCGGUCUUUAAGAUAGAAAGGCUAUAUCCUCAUAGUAGCUUGCAACGGCCUAGGAAGCUGGAAUUAUUAACCGUACAGGGAUAAAUUCUCGAAGUGCACGUCCCUACUCUAGCAUAGCAUGACCUUUUUACAACAAUUCUACUUAUUGGCAUCGCGCCGCAGCGCCUUCCUGGCGAACAACGCUGCCCGCGCCUUCCACCGGUCCGAUGCGUUGUGCAAAGUGGAGGACAGAAAGGCGAUGCUUGCAUCGCUUCCCAGCAAAGACGAGGGAACGGUCGGUGAACGAUCCAUCGAUAUUGAUUCCAUGAUCGACAAGAAAGUAAACAUAUUCCCCGACGCCACGACCCCGAGUGCGCUGUUCAAUGGUGUGCCAUUUAAUGAAAUCCCAAUCUGCCACAUCCGUGUUUCACCAAACAAUACGAUAAUCAGCAUUACGGAUGCGAAAGGAGUACCACAGUUUAUCCGCUCGUGCGGGAUCGAAGGAUUUAAGAACACACGAAAAGGCACCAACAUCGCUGCCCAAGCGACAGCCAUCAGCAUCAGCAGUAAGGCGAUCGAGCGCGGCUACAAAACGGUCCGUGUCACCGUUCGCGGCCUUGGUCCGGGACGAAUGUCGGCGAUCAAGGGGCUCGAGAUGGCCGGAUUGAACAUUAUUUCGAUUACCGACACGACACCCGUCUCGUGGAAUCCGCCACGGCCGAGAAAGCAAAGAAAACUGUAAGCUAUAGCAGGGGGUACUUAAACGGGUCCCUAUCAUCCUCGGAGAGUGUCCGCCACAAUGG